AUGCCUGGUGAGAUUGUCUCUCCCACUGUUGUAAUGGCUGAGUAUGCCUGCAAUCUUGAGAAGAAGCAAAGAAAUCUUCUUAAGCGCAAGGCAAGGUUGGAAUCCUACAAGGAAACAUUACGCAAUGGAGGUUGUCUUACCUCCGAUCAAGAAAAAGCGGUUGCCGAAUAUGAUUCAGUUUGCCAACAGGUUGAUGCGUUAAAGGAAACUACUGAUGUCAUCACCGAGAUGCAAGUUAAAGUUGAAGGCGUAAUGAAGGAGAAUGAAACUCGAAUGAUUGCCUUGCGUGAGAAGUACACCAUUGAUACAUUUCGAAAGAUCUGCCCAAUUUUGGAGCUGCUUUCGAAGGUUCAGUUGCCCGCAGUGAAGGAAGCUGUUAUUAAGGCUUCAUCCCCGAACCAGUUCAAAGUGUUGGAAGGUGCAUCAAGGGUACUCAAUUUUCGUCUACCCAACGGUUUUAAAAUCGACGACAUGGAUUCCUCUGACUUGUUCAAGCGACCUGCAGAAUACUUGUUUAAAUUGGCGAAUGGUGUGCAAGCGUCUGUAAACGGCAAAGGCGGAAAAUCGCGUUCGGCAACCUUCGCGGAAUUGCGACAAACUUGUCUCGAUCUUCUCUCCAACGAAUUCGUUCGAUCCGCACUUGUUUCACCUCUAGGUGGCAUGCGUAAAGAUAAACCUGCUUCUGAGCAUCCUAAAGUGUCAGGGGCUGAUCAAUCUGUGAAAUCUCAAGGGGAGCCUGUUUGCAAUGUCGCGCCAGUGGCGGUAUCUGAAAAAUCCCCUUCCUCGACUGCAGCAUUUUUGCCAGCUGAAGCUAUUCUUAACAGCGUCAUCGAUCCACUCAAAACUAACUUUAAUUUUCUUCAGGCUUCUCAAGUUACUUCUGUGCGUCUAUCCGGCGAACAGUCAGCCGUGUACUCUUUCUCGCACCCAGUUCGACUUCUUCCAUCGAUACCUCAGGAACAGUCGGAGGCAGUGUUAACUACGUCACAGGCUCCCGCCGCUCCUGUCGCUGCGAAACCUGCGGCCUCUUCUCAAAAAUCUCAGGCGGAAAAGGUUCCCAUGUUGAAGGUGGUGGAAACAGUGCCACCACCAUCGGAAACUGUGAUUGCUGAAAAGCCGAAAUCGAAGCAGAAGCCUAAUCGAGGAGACGCCGUCAAUGGUGUUCUUCAGCAACCUGAACUAGUACAGUCGCAGCCAACAUCUCUGCAAGCUGUAAUAGACGCUGAAAUAGCACAACAGCAGGUUAUUAAGUCUGCCGCGGGUGGAGCUAAGUCGUGGGCGGAUUGUGUCCGCGGGACACAAGCACCGCAAGUCUCUGAACUCAUAAAAGCGCCGACUCAUUCACCGCCACAGCAGUCACCGAUUGGUCAAAAUGGACAUUGUGAUCAUCAACCUCUUCGUGGUAAAUCGGCACAUCCUCGAGAACCUCAGGACCACAGGCCCUCUCGUCCACCCUUUAACGAAGGGGAAGCAAACGGCGGGCGACCGGGUUUUAGGGGUGGCUUCCGUGGUGGUGGUAGAGGGCGCGGGAACGGAGGAAUGGCGUUCAGAGGUUCAGGUGGACGCGGUCGUGGUACACGUGGCUCAUUCUACUUACGUGGCGGGUUCGCCGCUCAGGCUCGGCGUCAACCUUCCGUGGAGGCGGCUUCAUAA